UAAUCAGCAGUCGGAGGCUUUGAAAUCAGCUCGUCAAAAAUUCCAGUCAGUGGAAUCUGAGGCAUCGAAGAGCUCAGAGUUAUUAAAAGGGAAGCUGGAGGGAUACUACUGAAAAGUCGCUGCGUCGGCUAACGACAGAUACCCCAGCGUUGCGUGUGGUGCCCUCCCUCUUAUGGGGUCGGCUACUACGAUGCCGCUGGGGUCACUCAAACCCCCAGAACUGAGCCUCUACUUUGGUCAAUCCUCUUUGGCUACUGCUACGAAAAUCGCUGUUUUAUCUUGUUGUUGCGUCAUGGCCGCGCUCUUGGGUCGAACGUGUACAGCGGCAAAAGGAAAAUCAUUCCCUUUGAUAAAUACUGUAAUUCGGAUUGACUCAAAUAAACUCCAAUGGAAGCUUUUGUGUUUGAACGCAAUGAUAAGCUGUCACUCUUAUCACUCAACUCCAAGUCUCAGGAGGAAGAAAACUCGAGCACAACAAGAAGCCAUAAGUGACUACGUGUACAAUCAGAAGCCCUUGGUGAAGCUGCCAGUGUUGAACGUCUGGAAGAGGAUGACAGUUAAGGAUAUGGCAGAGGUGUCAAACCGAUCAGUGAAAGAUGUUCUAAAGGCAAUAUCUUACAUCGAUACGAGUCCCUACGACUCCCAAACGGUGAUCGAGGAUCCCCAAGUGAUCUUUCACGCUGUGAAACGACUGGGUGGAAGGUACAAACUGGUGUCACCUCCUGGUAGUGAAGAGAUCAAAGAUGACAAGAGCAUCGACGCUGUAAGACGUCCCCCAGCUGAUCCCUCGGAGCUUAUCAAAAGACAUCCAGUGGUGACUGUCAUGGGACACGUAGACCACGGCAAAACAACACUCCUUGACACCCUGAGGCACACGUCAGUGGUGGACUCUGAAUUUGGGGGUAUCACUCAGCACAUCGGUGCCUUCAACGUCAACCUGGACUCAGGCGAGAGAAUAACAUUUCUCGAUACUCCUGGGCAUGCUGCGUUCAGCUCCAUGAGGGCGAGAGGAGCUCACGUCACUGACAUCGUUGUCCUCGUUGUUGCUGCUGAUGACGGGGUCAUGGAGCAGACUGUCCAGAGCAUCAGAAUGGCUCGGGAAGCCGAGGUACCCAUCAUCGUCGCUGUCAACAAGAUCGAUAAGCCUGACGCCGAUAUUGAAAGGACUGAGAGGAUGUUGGCUGAGCAAGGAAUUCAAGUAGAAUCACUGGGUGGAGAAAUUCCGUCUGUAAAUAUUUCUGCCCUCAAGGGAACAAAUUUGAAGGAGUUGAUAGAGACGAUUGCAGCAUUGGCUGAGGUGCGUGACCUGAAAGGGGAUCCCAAAGGACUGGUCGAGGGGGUGGUCCUCGAGGUUUCAACUCAAGUGGGAAGAGGAAAACUCGCGACUGUUCUCAUUCAACGGGGAACACUCAGAAAAGGAGCUGUUCUGGUGAGUGGAAUUGCAUGGGCGAAGGUUCGAGCGAUGUUUGAUCACGGGGGAGCUCCAGUAUCAGAAGCAAAACUCUCAGAAGCUGUUCAAAUCAUUGGAUGGAGAGAGUUACCAUUCGCUGGGGAUGAAAUCCUAGAGGUUCAAGAUGAACAUCGAGCAAGUGUCAUCAUCAGACAUCGGCAGGGACAACAGGCCAAGACGAAAGCCCUCGAUGCUCUCGAAAUUAUUGAAGAGCGGCGAGUGGCUCAUGAUGAGGUUUAUAAAGAACAAUUAGCAGCACGAAGAGCGUCAGGAAAGAGAACUAAAAUAAAAGGCCCCAGGAAGAAGGAGACCGAAGAUGACGAUGGCAUUCCUCGAGUCAACGUGGUAAUUAAAUCUGAUGUUCUUGGUUCUGCUGAAGCUAUUCUCGAUGCCUUCGAAACAUAUUCGGAUAACAAACGCUGUCACCUCGACGUUAUUCAUUAUGGAAUUGGUGCUGUUGCUGAAAGUGACGUGGAACUUGCAGAAGCCUUCGAUGCAAUAGUUUAUACUUUUAAUGUGGAUACACCUAGAAAAAUUCAGGAUGUUGCAAUGAAAAUGGGGGUCUCCAUUCGUCCACAUAAAAUUAUCUACAAACUUAUUGAUGAUGUCAAGAGUGAAAUUGGAAAGAAGCUGGCCCCUGAAAUGAAGGAGGAGAUACUCGGAAAAGCAAAUGUUCUUGAACAAAUCGAAAUAAACGAGAAGAGAAAACCAGUUAACGUAGCUGGAUGUCGUUGCACUGACGGAAUGCUGAAGAAGGGUGAAAUGUACAGAAUUUUACGUGACAAUGAAACAAUUUUCGAAGGUAAACUGGCUUCAAUGAGGCACUUGAAGGAUGAAAGAGACACAGUGAAAUCAGGAAUUGAAUGCGGUCUGAGGUUCGUGGAUCCUAACGUUAAAGUGCAACUUGGUGACACGGUUAUUUGCUUCAGGACCUACGAGGUACCCUCAACUGUCCAGUGGGAUCCAGGUUUUUAACAACUUCUCUUUUUCUGCUUUAUUUCGACAUUUCGUACUACCUGAAAUUUAAAAAAAUGUAAAGGGAAAAUUGAAGAAACUUUUUCUUUUAAGUUAAGUACAAAUUGAUUUAUUAUUCCACUGAGGACACAUGUCAUUUCAUACAUGUGAGUCACGUUUAAGAAAAAAAAGGCCAAGGCAAUUUCGUCCUAUCAAAAUUCAAUUACUCAUUAAUGAUAAUUAUUGUCAACGUGUUUCUAUUAAGUGGAAGUAUUUCGAAGGGAGUAACUCAUGAAUGGUAAUUUGGAGAUGUCGGCUAUCUUUUAGCGAUAAAUUGGUCUAUUAAACUGUCUAGCCUUGCAAAAAAGACAAUAAAAUUAGUAAAUGGUGAAACAAAAUAAAUGGAAUUCCAGUUUUGUUAAAUGCCGAUGGAUCUUAACACCUGAUUUUUUUGCGAAAUUUAAUCGGCCACAAAAAUGGCCAUUAACAUUUCCACUUUAAUUCAAUAGUCUUCAAGAUAAAUCGAUACUCUUCAAUGAAAAUAAAACUAUUUCGUGAAAAAUUA